UGCUUCAUAUUGAGCCCUGAAGUCUAACCACGUGACCCAAGUCCAUCCACAAUAUUUCAAGAUGGCGAACGAAACGAGCACAUACCAAGCUUGUCUAAAGACCCUCAGCCUCAAUUCAAAAGAACUCAAAUAUUUCGACGUAGCGAGUUUAAAUGAGGAACGCUUCGCUCGCUUGCCAUUUUCCAUCCGCGUGCUUCUUGAAUCAGCAGUUCGUAACUGUGAUGGCUUCCAGGUUCUUCCCAAGGAUGUUGAAAAUAUCUUGAACUGGGAGGAAAACCAACAACAUAAUGUAGAAAUUCCUUUCAGGCCGUCAAGGGUUGUACUGCAAGACUUUACGGGAGUGCCAGCAGUGGUUGACUUUGCGGCAAUGAGAGAUGCUGUCAAAAGACUUGGUGGUGAUCCAUCAAAGAUAAAUCCUCUUUGCCCGGCGGACCUGGUGAUUGAUCAUUCCRUCCAGGUGGACUUCACAAGAAGUCUUCCAAGCAAACUGUAUGAUCCAGGUGGCGUCUGGCCAGCCAGAGAACAUAAUUGCCCGUUUCACGAUCUGCCUUGUGAAUGUUCUGGAUCUCUGCAGAAGAACCAGGAUAUUGAAUUCGAGAGGAACAAGGAGAGAUUCCAAUUUCUCAAGUGGGGAUCUAAAGCACUGAAGAACCUGACAAUUGUUCCACCUGGGUCUGGUAUUGUUCACCAGGUUAACUUAGAGUAUCUUGCACGUGUAGUAUUCAAUACUGAUGGUAUUAUGUACCCAGACAGCGUCGUCGGCACUGACUCACACACAACUAUGAUCAAUGGUCUUGGGGUUGUAGGAUGGGGUGUUGGUGGUAUUGAAGGAGAGGCCGUCAUGCUUGGACAAGCAAUCAGUAUGGUACUACCCAAGGUUAUUGGGUACAAGCUAGUGGGUACCGCUAACCAGUUGGUAACAUCCACAGAUAUUGUACUCACAGUAACUAAAGACUUACGACAACGAGGUGUAGUUGGUAAAUUUGUAGAGUUCUUUGGUCCUGGUGUAGCAUCUUUGUCCAUAGCAGACAGGGCUACCAUCGCUAACAUGUGUCCUGAAUAUGGAGCAACUAUAGGAUUCUUCCCUGUUGAUGAGAAGAGUAUGUUGUACCUGAAACAAACAGGUCGCGAUGAGGAAAGAAUUGCCAUGAUAGAGGCCUACCUGAAAGCCUCCAAGAUGUUCAGAGACUACACCAACACUGACAACGACCCAACCUUCUCAGAAGUAGUAGAGUUAGAUCUGUCUACAGUUGUCCCCUCCUGUUCAGGCCCAAAGAGACCACACGACAGGGUACCAGUGUCUGAAAUGAAGGACGAUUUUCAAUCCUGUCUCAACAGCAAGACUGGCUUUAAGGGAUUUGCGAUCCCUGCUGAGAAACAGGCUGAUAAAGUACCUUUUAAAUUUGAAGACCAGGAUUUUGAACUAAAACAUGGUUUUCAGUGGUUGGUUAUGGUUGUAUGACAUGUAUAGGUAACUCUGGCCCUCUUCCUGAACCAGUAGCUGAAGCAAUAGAAAAGGGUGACCUGGUAGCUUGCGGAGUAUUGUCAGGAAACCGUAACUUUGAGGGUCGCAUUCAUCCAUUGACUAGAGCCAACUACCUGGCCUCUCCUCCUCUAGUCAUAGCUUAUGCUAUUGCUGGGACAGUGAUGAUUGACUUUGAUAAGGAACCCAUUGGCUAAGGAACUACCUGAAAUCAAGAGUAUAGAAAAUGCUGCAGUAUUACUUAACCUUGGCGAUUCCGUAACCACGGAUCAUAUCUCUCCAGCUGGUAGUAUAUCUAGGACGAGCCCUGCAGCACGAUACCUGGCUGGCAGAGGCCUUGUUCCUCGUCAGUUCAACUCGUAUGGAUCUCGUCGUGGUAACGAUGCAGUCAUGGCUCGUGGUACAUUCGCCAACAUUCGUCUGGUUAAUAAAUUCAUGGGCAAAGCGAUGCCCAAGACUAUCCACUUCCCUUCUGGAGAAACGGUACGGAAUACUUUCCCUAAUCGACUAUCUUCCUCCCUUGGCUUAGAUGAACUUCUUUCCCGGGGGUACUCUUGCCCGUUUAGAGUAGGGAUGUGCCGCUGAGCCCACUGAACCCUGAC